GCGGUGAGUACGUAAUCGGCGAUAGUGCCAGCGCGUCCACCGCCGCCAGGCAGUCGAGAUGCCGCCGAGGAGAGCUGCCCAUCUCAUAGCCAUUCCUGUCCGGUAACUCUCAUUCAAUUUCAUUUCCGCUCGGGUACACGGCUUGAUUUGACGAGCCUGGAAGUGUCCAACAGCUGCCAAUCAGAUUCGUUCCACUACUUUACCCCCUGCAGCACCCCAGCUCCUGGACUCCUUCCCCCUCCCCGACGAUGACCUCCCUCUUCUUCUCCACGCCGGUGGACAUCGACGUGGUUCUCGAAGAUAGCGAUGAGCGCCAAACGGUCGACGUCAAGUUGGACAAGGGCCGUCGCGAGAGGGUCCCUCUCUACAUGGAUGGCGAGUCCGUCAAGGGAGCCGUGACCGUCAGACCCAAGGAUGGAAAGCGGUUGGAACACACUGGCAUCAAGGUGCAGUUUAUCGGUACAAUUGAAAUGUUCUACGACCGCGGCAACCACUACGAAUUCCUGUCCCUGGUGCAGGAGCUGGCGGCGCCCGGCGAGCUGCAGCACCCGCAGACCUUCCCCUUCAACUUCAAGAACAUCGAGAAGCAGUACGAAUCCUACCACGGCAUCAACGUCAAGCUGCGCUACUUCGUCCGGGUGACGGUGUCCCGGCGCAUGGCGGACGUGAUCCGCGAGAAGGACCUCUGGGUGUACUCGUACCGCAUGCCCCCGGAGACCAACAGCCCCAUCAAGAUGGACGUUGGCAUCGAGGACUGCCUGCACAUUGAGUUCGAGUACUCCAAGUCGAAAUACCACCUGAAGGACGUCAUUGUCGGCCGCAUCUAUUUCCUCCUGGUGCGACUCAAGAUCAAGCACAUGGAGUUAUCGAUCAUCCGGCGCGAGACCACGGGGUCGCCGCCCAACCAGUACAACGAGAGUGAGACGCUGGUGCGGUUCGAGAUCAUGGAUGGGUCGCCCUCUCGCGGUGAAACCAUUCCCAUCCGUCUCUUCCUCGGCGGAUUCGACCUGACGCCCACCUUCCGCGAUGUCAACAAGAAGUACUCGACGCGGUACUACCUCAGCCUGGUGCUCAUUGACGAGGACGCCCGCCGCUACUUCAAACAAUCCGAAAUCGUCCUCUACCGCCAAGCCCCGGAGAUCGCCCCCACCCCGCAGAUCGCCCAGCAGCAGCAGAUCCAGCAGCAGCAGUUGCUCCAACAGCAACAGCAACAGCUGCCCAUCGGCUCGGCCACCCCCGGUCCCGGUCGGAGUGAAGCCCAUCGGCAGAAUCAGAACCAGUUCGCCCAGCAGCAGCAGCAGCAGCAGCAGCAGGCGGCUCAGUCUGUUCCUGCUCCGGCGGCUUAGCGGUUUUUUUGACUAGUUGGUUGUAAGGAACAUCAUUCGAGCUGAAACUGCGUGAGACUUGUUGUCUGGUUGAGGUGGUGGUUGUUCUUGCUCGGGUUGGUGGGGGAAUGGCGAGCUGGGGCUGGCUGGAUGGAGCUGCGGCUGAGAUGAGUUGUACUUGUACUUUCUUUCAUAUAUACCCUUGCUUUUUUCUCCUUUUUACUUUUUUUUUUUUCCUUCGCGUGUGGGUGGUUGAGAUGUAUGUGUGUGGUGGUGGAGCGGUUCAUUCGGUGUAUUGUGUAAGUGGAUUCGGGGUUUGUGCAAUAGGGUAGGUUGUGUGCACGAGGUUGCAGACUUUCUACUCCGUAAUGUAUCUGUCGGAGAUGUAGGUGGAACUAUCAUGGAGGGGUAGCAGUAUUGCUGAUACUCUACACUCCAAUUCCUUUCAAAGUGAAGGGUGCUACUUCUACG